AUGUUCCGCACUGUUCCUCGUUAUGUUAGUUCAAUGCUGCGGGAAGCGGCGGCUGCACAACUCGCAGCAAUCAAGGAGGCUGGUACAUACAAGGUGGAGCGAGUUAUUACAUCCAAGCAAAGCUCCACCAUCAAUGUCUCGACCGCUGCUACUCCGGUUUUGAACUUCUGUGCGAAUAAUUAUCUUGGCCUUGCGGACCAUCCGGAGGUAAUCCAGGCAGCGAAGGAUGCGUUGGAUUCGCACGGAUACGGUUUGGCGUCGGUGCGCUUCAUCUGCGGUACCACAGAUAUCCACAAAAAGUUGGAGCAGACGAUGACUGAGUUUUUGGGGAUGGAAGACACCAUUCUUUACCCAAGCUGUUUCGAUGCAAAUGCCGGUGUGUUUGAGGCACUUCUUACUUCAGAAGAUGCGAUCAUCUCAGAUGCACUGAACCACGCGAGCAUCAUUGACGGCGUACGACUUUGCAAGGCGGAGCGCCACCGCUAUGCGCACCUGGAUAUGAAGGAACUUGAAACUGCGCUACAAAAGACUCAGCAUAAUCGCAUUCGCCUCAUUGUCACAGAUGGUGUCUUCUCGAUGGACGGUGACGUUGCGCCGCUUGACAAAAUUGUUCAGCUUGCCGAAAAAUACAACGCAAACGUAAUGGUUGAUGAUUCUCAUGCCAGUGGCUUCAUGGGUCCGGGAGGUCGCGGCACCCCGGCCCUGUUUGGUGUUAUCGACAAGGUAGACAUCCUGAACACGACACUUGGCAAAGCCCUUGGUGGUGCCAGUGGUGGUCUUUCAUCAGGUUGCAAAGAAAUCGUCGAUCUUCAGCGUCAAAAGGGUCGGCCAUAUCUCUUCUCCAACACCAUCGCUCCUGCAGCUGUGGGUGGUACGCUCAAGGUGAUGGAGCUGUUGCAAACCACCUCGAGUGCGCGGAAGCAGCUGCAAGAUAACACACAUCUGUUUCGUACUGAAAUGAAGAAAGCCGGCUUCACACUCAGCGGGCACGAGGAAUGUCCCAUUGCUCCAGUUAUGCUAUACGAAGCACGUAUUGCUGCUGAAUUCGCUGCUAAGAUGAUGGCUGAAGGAAUUUAUGUAACAGCGUUCAGCUACCCUGUAGUGCCCAAGGGACAGGCUCGUAUUCGAGUGCAACUCUCUGCUGCUCACACUACAGAAGACGUGAAGCUUGCCGUUGAUGCUUUUACAAAAAUCAAGAAAGAACUUAACGUAUAG